AUGGCCACGGCAAACGAGGUGCCUCCUGCUCUGCGAUGCGAUUCUCCCUCGCCCGAAGUUUCGCCAACCCCGGCUAUCGGUGCUUGCCCCGAGCUCACACGCUGUGUAUCAACGGCAUCUUCAGUCUCUCACGGUUCCGCCACCGAUGGCGGUAACCACCGUGAGUCUCUGGGAAGCACGGGAAGCAGCACGUCCAGACAAUCCUCAGGGAACUACAGUCGCCGCUCGGACUUGAGCUUUGUGUCUUCCUCCCGCCAGUCAACCUGCGGCGGCUUGGAGCGCCAGUCCAGUCGCCGCCGUGGUUUCGUUCGGCCGCAGGGCACCGACUUUGCUGCGAGUGCUCGGCACAGGGAGAGCGUUCUGAGCUUGGGAAGCAUUGCUCAUUUGCAAUACUACUUUGCGCGGACUGGACUCCUCGACGGCAAGGGCGGCCAGUUGGCGAGAAAGAAUAAGGCGAAGGGCGGCCUGGACCUUUCGUCUGUGAGCAGCUCUGGGAUGUCUUCACCGAGAAUCAUGGGUUCAGACGGCGAACAGUCCUUCCCGUCGCUCAGCCCUCUUCUUUCGGGCGAUCAAUUUGCCGGUGCCAUGGUAGAAUCCCCCACCGAGGACCAUGACUACUACUCCGAUUUCGACGAGCCUGAUCCGAACGUGCUACCGCCCACUACUAGCACCUACAUUCACAGGGAGAAGCCAGUGCCCAAGCCGCCUACCAUUGAGGAGUUGAAGACCGACCUUACCGAAUCUCUUGAGAAGGCGGGCACUGCGCUGAAAAAAGCGAGGGACAGCAAGGAGGAGAACGCCAGGGCUGCUGCUGAAGCUGCAAAGAGCACGCCAAAGAAGGGAUCCAUGGGCUGGUUCGAGGUUCAGGGCAUGCACAUUCUCGACGUCAUGACACUGGCUAUUCGUGCUGCCAAGAACUACUACACUGCUCACGAGGUGCCCGAGCGAUUGGACGUAAUCAAGUCCGAGAAGGAGAUCCGUACCGAGCUAUUCAACGUUAUGGAGACGUUGAAGCAGAUGGCGACCCGCAAGUGGGCUGGUGGUAUGAAGGAUGAGGAGUACGCCACCCUCAACUCCUGGAUUCAGGGACUUUUCAGCAUGCUCAAGACGGAAGAGAAAAUGGUCGAGGCAGAGAAAGCGGAGCGCAGCCGCUGGACCUGGAUGAAGGGCGAUUGGACUGGCAAGGAAGUCGAGAGGGAACUCGCUUUCAUGGCCUCUUUGGAUCCCCAGGCUGAGUGGGAGGAAUACACGCCCGCAGCUUCGGCGACCGAGUUGCCCACGCCAUUCCUUCAAAGCCUACAAAAUGGAAUUCGACUUGUUGAGCUUCACAACGCGGCAGUCAAGCUAUCGAAACGCCGUUUUGGCCUGAUCACCACCUUUCAUACAGACACUGAGAAGCCCUACCGCUGCGCCGAUAACAUCCGCUACUGGGCCAAGGCAGCAGAGCUGCGUUGGGAGGUCCUGCUCAAGGUGGACGCUUUAGGCAUCGUCUACAACAACAGUCCCGAGGUCUGGACUAACUUGGAGACCGCCGUCAUGGCUUGGUGCCGCAAAGUGCGUGAAGAGAUCACGUCCGAGCUGGAGGGCUAA